AUGAUGUACGCAGAUAAAUCAAGGCUCAUCAUGUGUGCGGUAAGCAAAAAAGUUUCACCACAUCCUGAUUCUUAUACAGCUUCUCAAAACGUACUGACACGAUACCACCCAUUACACCCCAACUGAUCAGUAUAUAUAUUCUUAGUACUGUUCUCUAUACAUUUCCCAAGAGGCUGACAAGGAGAUUUUAUAAAAUAAACGAGAGCUUCUUCAGUUGGUGAUCAUUUCUUCAUUCUCGUGACCUUGAGUGAUUCGGGGGUCAAGAUAGUGUAGGGAGACAUUAAAUUAUCUAGUCAACCUGAGGGGUCAAAAGGUUAACUGCACAUCCAACAUCAGUUCUACAGUUAUAGCUGAUGGAGUUUCAAAACGAAUCGUGGUUUCAAAUUGUUUCCUUUGCUGCUCUCUACGUUUGAUUUAGCAUCCAAUUUAAUUAUUUUACCCUCGCAUUUCCUCAAUAUUAUUUCAUUAUAUUUUUGUUUUUUCUGAGUGAUCGGCUGUUGCGAUUUCUUUGUGAUAGUUUCACGAUACACAAUCACAAUGCGUUCUAUUUGGAAAGCAUUAGGCUACACUAAAAGGACCAAUGAUAAAUCACGCUUCCUAAUAAUUUUCAACAGGCCUACCGUCACAAACUGUAUGGUCCUCACGUGCAAUGGCUCUUACCCGGUUGGUACACGAAGGACUGGUGGCGAGUCGCAGAUGUGCCAGGCUGCUCAGCUGAGGACAUUCGAACCGCGGCAGCAAAUUUCCUGGCUGUGGAGGACUUGGUUAUGGACGCUGCAACAAAUCACACACUAAGUGGACUGGUAAGGAUGCCUUUAGCCCCAAAUGCGAACAACCGAUGUAACCACGAGUAAGAAGCACAGGAGAGACCAGAAGUGAAGAGAGGACUUUUCCCUCGGACAUGUCAGUCUAAAUCACUCACGUUCCGCUUUUUCAUCGAGCGUCUGCCACGCACACUUAGAAGAGGGUCUCAAUUGGGUUAACCGAGAGCCGUAAAAAGCCAAAAGAGUUAGCCGUUAGGCGUAAAAAUUGACAAAUUUAACCGUUAGUCGCUAAAAAAGUUAAGCUUAAAAAAAAUUCUGGUGUGAACAAUAGAAAGAUAUUAACUGUUAACUGGAAAUAUUAAUUGGCCAAAAUUUUCACCGUUAGCUGUAAAAUUUAUCACCCUAUUGGGACCCUCUGAGAAAGUUCCACCUAAGCUUUAUGGGAAGGGGGACAUUGUUCAUCUCUUUUUAGGAGUCAUUUAGCUGCGAAGAUAUUGAUAGCGCGGAACACGAAUUCCUUAAUUUCGAAAGCAAAUCUCUUUGCUUUGUACUGGAAAUGAGAGGCGUAGUGAAGGAUUUGGGUUCUAGUUCAGCCCAUCGUAGGAUGGUGAGAGAAGGAGUGGCUCUAUAAUGAGUGCAUUGGACUCUGGGUUAAAUGGCUCAGGCUCAUUAUGAGGUAUCUUUAAACAAGUCUCAUAGAAGUCAUAGUUCUCUUCCCUUCUUGCACUGUCUUUUUAGACCGCAGAGGAGUUUAUGGACAUGUACACUACAGAGCUUAAACACUAUCCAUACUCCGCCAAUGGGUAUGCUCCGCUAGGAUAUGACGCAGCCUGGGUACUAGCCUUGGCACUGAAUAAGACGAUGACGCACCUGAACAAAAACAACAAGUCUGUCGAUAACUUCUCGUAUGAAGAUGCCGAGUUUGCGCAACUUCUGUCGAGAACGCUUCUUAACAUCUCGACCUAUGGGAUAACUGUGAGUCCGGUUGUCUGAAAUAUCAUCAGAGUUUUCAGCUAACGCUUGCUUUCAUAGUUGACAUAUUUUUGGAAAUAAAAAAAGUCGAAGAAGAUAAACCAUUAGUGCAUCACCAAUGAAAAAGUAAUGACAACAAUGAUGAUAGUCACGAUCAGGAUUGUUGAAGAAUAUGGUAGCGUUACCAUUACCAUUACAAUCAUUCACAAUGAAAGUUAAAAUCAUCAUAUAAUAUCACGAUAACGAUAAAGAUGAUGCUCACGAUUUCCAUCACGCACACGACACAGAAAACCGGCAUAACGGUAACAAUCACGAUCAUGAUGAAGAAUUUGUUCUUUGAAAGAAAAAAGCAGUUAUUUUCACUCUACCCCAAAAUAGAUCGAAUAGAUAUCUGAAAAUCAGGAAUAAAUACUUUUCAUUUAUUGUUCAAGCGCCGAAAGGCAGACGUUAGAAGAUCGUGCUUUUCGCGUAAAUGUUUUUCUUAUUUAUCUACUUGUGUUUGUUUUUCUUGGAUCGUUUUCAUUUAGGGAGUUAUAAACUUCAACAGAAACCAAGAAAGACUCAAUAAAAUAUGGAUCGAACAGUUUCAAGGUAACACAUGUACAGUAAUAACGAUGAGAGUGAUAACCGGCACGAAGGUGAUAAUAGCAAACGAAACACUGACUAUAAGGAGAAUUAAAAUUUCGAAUAAUCCUCAAGGUUAUAAAGGUGUGAGUGGAGGAAUUAAAAAAAAAAUCCAGGUACUCCUGAUCUUAUCUCCUGUGGCACCGAUGUAUGAUGUAAUCGUUUUCAACAGUGCAUCGUUUCUUAAACUGAUGACGUGUAAAAACUACCAGAAACGCUAUCAGAGGAAUCUCAUGACAAACUUUAAACUCAAAAUAUCGUAAACAUCUUUAUAUAGAAAUUUCGAUCUGUAAUCAAAUGAAAAUGCAAUUAAAUUUCAUAUCGACUUUUUGACAAAAAUAACGUAGUAAAUUCAAGAAUUUUUUCGCAGGUGACAAAGAAGUGAGAGUUGGUCACUUUGACCCGGAAAAACACGACCUGAGUAAUGGAGAGCUCACCAUGAUACCUGGACAGAAGUUUAUAUGGCCAGGUAAAUGAUAACCUUUAUUUCAAACGUCUUUUUUUUUAAAUGCUUUUUGCCGUUAUAUCCUAAUUGUUACCUAGUUAGCCUGUUUGAUUUUGGUAAACAGCAGACGGGAAGGGUGGGGUAGGAAAGGAAAUCAUUGUUCCACCCCUUCUUCUAGUCUGUGUGCCACCCCCUUCGUAGAGGGUUUGUCUCUCUCCACACCCUUCCAAAGAAUUGAGUGUUCAAGAUGGCGUCUAUGAAUUUACAAAGAAAGAAUUGCCGCGCCAACGCCGCAAAUGAGACAAUUUUUUUCGUUUCAUUUGUUUUUUUCCUUUUAAUUUUGGUCCAGGAUCACGAUCAAGACAACCCUCACCCUGUAUGAUACCGAUGUGAGCAAACUGCUGGCUCUGUAAAAUAAACUGCUCGGUGGUAGGCUCACUUUCACGCGAAUACCAAUAACUUUUGUUAUUUUCAGAUGGUAACCCACCAAGAGAUAAGGAUCUUGUGAAUGAGCCGCUAGUAAAGACUAGUCGCAGUUUGUUUUAUGUGUUGAGUUGUGUGGCUAUGCUGGGCUUAAUGUCAUCUCUUGGAUUUCUUUACGUCAAUUGCCACCACAGACAUUACAGGUGACGGUAACUGAAUUAGCACAGAAAUAAACAAGGAAACCUUAAAAUUAGCUAUUCUGACCAACUGAUUAAUUACCUAAUACCGGAUAAUGUAAUUCUUUAAUCCCAGUGACUCAGUCCUUUAAUCGCACUGUUUUACUCUUUAGUAUCAUCAGACAAUCAUCUCCAAGGCUCAAUAACAUGAUCGUGAUCGGCUGCAUGCUGGCAUAUUGCUGUGUGUUUUUGUUUGGGGCUGAGACGUUUGUCGAGUCACUCGACACACAAACUGUGAUCUGUAAGGUAUGUAGUUGGAGGGACAUCUCUCCCCACCCACCCCCCUCCCCACUCAUUUGUCCAUUUCUCGUUCUGCUUGUUUAGCUUGAUGGAAAAUCUGCAAAGAAAGAAAAGCUAAUACACGUUGGAUUUGGAUUUCUUUUCUCUUCCAGACAAGAUGGUGGAUUUUUUCUCUUACAUUUAGCCUGGCAUUUGGCACAAUGUUCGUCAAAACAUGGAGGGUUUACAAAAUUUUCACCAACAAGCAUCUUGACAAAGAGGUCAGUCGUUUCCCAUCAAAGAGCUCAAGUUACCAGGAAGUAGAUUACUUCAGUUAAGAAAACGUCAAUCAAAACAGAACUCUUACCUCAAUCAAUCGAAACAAUCUGUCGUCUAUCUUCCAUCCAUUUGGGCUUUCAUUGCCAGAAUAUUUCAAAACCUGAUUUCAAUUUAUUUUACCAUUUUACUGCAAUUUCCUGCCAUUUUGUUCCUGCAACCGGAAUAUAACGAUCAUAGUAGUCAGCAGUCGACAAAUAGGUGGUGUAACACGACCCUAAAAUAACACUUAAUAACAGUCUGAGGCCGUAACUUAUGAAAUCUUCCUGACUUGGGUUGCUUUCUCCCAGAAUUUCUCAACUACUUUCUAUCAAGACGUUCUUUUUGGACAAUAUAUUGAUAAGUUUAAUUCAUUUGUUUAUUGUGUUCACAGUUGAACUUCCUGCGUGAUCGUCACUUAUUCGGUAUUGUUUGUGGACUAGUAUGUUUAGACGUUGUGUAUCUAACAGCAUGGGAGCUAUCAGAUCCUGUUGCCGGAAGUCUGAAACAUUUAAGUAAGGUAGGAAGUCUUAACGGGCGCUAAACAAACAUGAUAUAUAAAUAAAUGAAUCAUUUACUGGAGGAGGACUGUGCUGAAAUUUCAAAAUAAACAGUUUUGCAGUUUCUAGGUUGAACAAAAAGCCUCUUAAAGAUUCGUGGUGUUUCGAAAACAGAAAAGGCAGAUGCCUGCACUUCAACUAAUUGCUUUAAAAAGUUUAUGCAUUCUUCAAGUCUAUGAUGCAGAUCCUUCAAGUUUUGCUUUCUGUCUUUUUCUAAAUUAUAACUUUUUCCCCCCAAAGGAAAGUGACAUGACUCGUUAGGAACCCCUCCCCACUAUCUAACCACCAGAGGAAAUACACAGAACUCUCUGUGUCUUUCGUUGGUGAACAACGACUGAGUUCCCUUCUGAUGUCACUUUCCCAAUAUUUCAUGACACUCGACCCUGCAAUAAACCAUCGACAUACUAUCGGCAAUUGAUUGAGUGGAAAUGAGUCGCUUAUGAACCGAUGGCCGUGUGACGGUCGACUGCUACAUCUGCCGACAAUCGGCUGUCGACUGUCGACUGUCGACUGUCGACUGUCGGUCGACUAGCGAUCGAGUAUCGUCUGACUAUCAGUCGACUGACAAUAAAUAUGUCCAGCGAGGCUUCUUAAACUAGUUUUCCUGACAGAGUUUCACUUUAAUGACUAGGAAAUAUCCCCAGAUGGUAACGUGAUCACACAGAGACAAGUCCUAAUAUGCACUUCUGGUAAUGAGAAUUUAUGGUUGAGUCUCUGGGUGAUAUGGAAAACUUUGUUACUGGCUUUGGGGCUUUUUCUGGCUUGGGAGACAAGACACGUCAGUUUCCCAUCACUGAAUGACUCCAAAUACAUCGGUAUGAGCGUGUAUAAUGUCGUGAUCAUGAGUCUGAUAAACGUUCCUCUGUACUAUGUUGUCGGAGAGGCUCAUAUCCAAGCCAGAUACGCGCUGAUUGCUACAACACUGAACUUCAUCUCCACAUUUACUCUCCUCGUACUGUUUGUUCCAAAGGUAAGCAUAAAAUAUAGAUCCAAUGAGAUAGUGUGAUGAUGCUCUUUAACUACAGGGCCUAAAGGUAAUUUCGGACUGAACCAGACCUUUUUCGAGGGAAGGGGGGGGGGAAGGAAGGGUCUGAAGUGUAUUCGACCCAACUAAGAGAAAAUAAUGGGAAAUCAUUGUUUCCUCUUGACCCAACACAAUUUUGAGAACCGAGGAAAGCCUGUGGACAAUGUCGUGCAUUGUUAUGUUACAAUUGCUAAUCAGGAGUGUAACAGUAUGUAAAUAGCAUGUUCAAAACAUUUUGCCUUGAUAUCAUCCUUUUUGAUUGGUGUCGACCAAUAUGCUCCCCAAUUCCCUCCAUUAACAGAUCGCCAAAAUAAUGAGACGAGCAACAUGUCCAGAGGAGAAACCUGAUGUCGUUAGCGGAAUAUCCACGUGCAAUUAUUGGGAAAACCAAGGAUGUCCCUAUUGUAAUGUAAAGUGA